AUGUCUCUGGGCAAGGCUUCCUUGACGCUCCCGCUGCUUGUGGCGAUGCAGAAGGCUUGGUCGACAAGUCCGCUCCGUUCGGAAAUCUCUGCCACUGCCGCUACAAAACAUCCAAGAGCGGAAUUUCCGACCCCGUCGAUCCGGUUCAGCAAACAACUUAGGUCGCACCGGGGCAGUAGUGUCAUAUCCCGAAUCCGAUGUCAACCGAUCGGACGAUCGAGCGGGGCAGUAUUCCCGGAUCCGGUGUCAACGAUCGAGAUUGAUCGAUCAGAUGAUCGAUCCACUGGGCCUAGUUCAGAGCCACGCCCAACUCCAACUCCUGAGGGUAUGUCAGCAUUGCGGCCAUAUGAUCUAUUUACAUCCAAUGCUGCUCAUGCUGCUCAUGCUGCUCUCAGCGCGUCAAACCCAGAAGGUGCACAGCUUUGGGACUUGAGCCAGCAGAACAGCCCCAUCAUUCCUCCCUUGUGCAAAUUCAAGGCAAUGUCCUGA